GGGAAAUCUGAACGCCAAAAAUCUAUGGAAACCCGCGAUGUGCUGCUGCAAUCCCGCUGCUCCGCGACCCCCCCUUUUCCGCUUCGCCGCUGCCCCCUUUCCGCUUCGCCGCUGCACCCCCCCGCUGUUGCAAGGGCGACGGGCGACAGCCCGUCCAGCUUCGACGAGCAGAUGCGGGGCGACGGGCUCAGCCCGAUCAGGCUCCAACGGAGCGAGAGGAUCAAGAGCCGCUUAGGCGGAAACGAGCUCUGAUACCAUUUCAGAAACUGAGAACUUGAUUGAUUGAAAUGAGCAAGAGCAUACAUCCUUAAGUACCGAGCAUCGGAGAGGAUGGGAAGGGAUAAGGGAGAAUCGGAGGGAAUCCCAAGGGAAUCCUCCCAAAUCGUGGGGAUUUGGGAUGGAUUGGGUUGGGAUAGGUUGGGGAUGAAAACAUAGCUACACCCAACCUAACAAAUAUGAGUAUCCCUAAAACCAAGAAAGUGUCAACACACAAAAUUGUGCCAACCGAAUUGCAGCCUAUCUCUAACACAUUCGUAUUCGAAUUCCAAGCAAAACUCGAACAAAUAAUUUGUAUCGAGAUAUUGGACAACUAUUCGAAUGUGGAACUCGAACUCGAAUUCGUUUUCGGUUCUUCAGCUCCUUGUUUUUCCUGGGUGAAGAUCCCGUCGUGUUGAUGUCGAUCCAUUUUUAACGAAGAUGACUUCGUCAGAAUAAAUCGAUCGUUAUCGACAUUAGUUAGAAGAUGCGUCGAUUGUGCAGUCGCUGGUCACGAAUGUUGUCUCCAGGAUGAUGAUUUCCCAUAAGUGUAGUCUCUGCUGCAUUCGUGCCGUCGAUUACGCACCGAUCCGACGAUCCACGUUCUCCUGUCAGUUUUCUGCUUGCAACUAUUACCAAGUAGGUAAUGUAAUGGCAGAUUUCUGACUCUGCAGCUGAUUUUGCGCCCCAAAUUCGUGACCAAAUGGAGGAAUCCGAAUUUGGUUGUCCAAAUGUUGUCAGCGGUGUCGAAGGCGGCUCAUUUCUGGUUUUGCGCGUCAUUCUCUCUUUGUGCAGAAGUCGCGCUCCAUCUUGUCCGUUGAAACACAAGUCGAUCCGACGGUCCAAACACCAAGCGAUCUGAGGAGACUCCUGAGUCGCGUUCAGCAGCUUUCGGUGCAUGGGUUGACUCGUUUCCUGCAGCAAUUCUCGGUCGUCGGUGUCGGCUGUCGAACGAUCGGACGCUCCGAAGAACUUCGCGGCUUGCGAGGUCCCGUUCCCAUUCGCGAUGAGCGAAGAACUCGUCAGAAGGUUUCGUUUUCGCUUCGGUCGAUCUGAAGCGUCGGUCCUCCAUCGGACGGAUGUCGUCGGUCGAAGCUCCGCAGAUUUCCGCGCAACUCCAAGUGUUGUGGCGAACUGCGACCUUCUCCGAAUGUCGCAGGGGAGGUUCCGCCAGAAGUGACGCGUUCGCGAGGUCGAAGCCGUUUGCCCCCGCGAAAAAUCGGCUCCGUCGAUGCAGUCCAUCGAACGGUUGGCGAGGCAUCUCGCCUUCGACGGGGACCCCAGGUGCAACUGCGCAAGGUUAGUCGAAACUUAAACGAAAGUGCAUUGUACUUACAGGAAUUGAAGUUUCGACUCCAUCCUCGGCGUGCUCCUGGGGGCCCAGCGGUUAAGCGUUGAGCUGAAACCUUGGCUCUGAUUACCAAGUGUCACUGGAUCGAAUGCGUCGAGGAAAUGUUUGCUCAAUGUUGCCCUAUCAAUCAGUACAAGGUGCUUUUAUACUUCGAGAGUACAUCAGGUAACCAAGUUUAUCAUAUCCAAAGGAAAUAGACCCUUCUAGAAAUAGAAUCACCAUGCGUAUAGCCACGCGAGGCUAUUGGCUAUAAAUGAUUACUGCAGGAUUACGCUAGAUAUAGCGCGCCAGUACAUCCCGAGCCUAGUCGGUGAUAUAAUUAUAAUAACAGGAUAAACCAAAGGAUAAUGGAAAAUGAGGAAUAGGAAACCAAAUGAGAUGAGAUAAAGACCCAAUGAAUCAGGAUAAAAAGAGGAAUUAAAUAGAAACGAAAUAUGGAAAGGGGAAAUUGGUGUAACGGAGUCGUACUCUCACAUGCGCUGCUGCACGGCGGGGUAUGAGGAAAACUGCUGGUUUAGGAAUUCGCCGCCUCCAUCGGAGUGGAAGCGACGAACGGGGCGUUUAAAGUGUGUACGGGCCUGCUCUGCCCAAGCGAUGAUCGCAGCCGGAGCCUCGGCCUUCGUUCGAAGGAGAGAGACCGAGGUAUACUGGGAGUGAUCGUCGACGAGGACAAGAAGGACAUAAGGGGACACAGGUGAUGAAUCGACCAGAGGUGGAGUGAUACAAGUCACAGUGGGAAGCGUGGCCGGGGUAGAUCGUAGUCACCCCGGCACAUUGGAGGGCACCUUGGGAGACAAGGUUAGUACGAAGUGAGGGGAUGUGAAAACCUGUGAAGGAGCCA